AUGAUUUGCAUGUUUCUCAGUGAUGCUUAUUAUUGCACUGGAAUAUAAAAGAACAUAAAGCAAGAUUGCAACCCGUUGAUUAAAGUUAGAAUUUGUGUUUUCUUAUGACGGCUUAAUUUGUGUUGCGCUGAAACGAAAGUGUGUUUACAAGCCUGACAAAUGCAAACCUCUAUCAACAGCAGCCAUCGUGAAUAAUUUACACACUUCCUGUUGCGUGUUAGCGCGCACAUUACAAGAUCUGUCAGUCACUCUGUGAAGUCAUUCACAGUAAAUUUGGCAAAUUCCGAUUUUGUUUGCUUGGGGCUUGUUAGCUAUGCUUCUUACAGUAUCAGACAGAAGCACGAGUCGUAACGUUACGUUACGAUUGUCGUUUGUUGGGGAUAGUAAUCAGGAUUUUGUUUUGCUAAAACAACGUAACAGGUUUGUAUCAAACGUUGUUGAACUGUAGCACAUGGGCAAGGGUUAAAAGCGUUAUAUUUUGGUCCAAAUCUGCUAUAUUAGGAGGCUUUUGAUGGACUCCUCAGCAAUGUCUAUCCAUUUACUGGAAUGUGAAGCGUUAAAUACUAUGUUAUGGCUGUUUGAUGGGUUAAUUAUUGGGAUUCCACUAAAACUGCCUAACUGGUUUCCAUGUAGCGGGGCAUUGUAUGAGCAAACGUUAAAGCCAUUCAAUUCUGGUACAAAUUGGGGAUAUUCGAACAUUUCACUUGGGAUUCCUCAGCAAUGCCAAUAAAUGUAUUGUACUUUGUAGCAUGAACCAUUAGGUUUUGAUGGCUUGGGUUAGUGACUGGGAUUGCACCACUGGUUUCUACAGAAUUUUGUAGAAUGGUGACACAUGAGCAAAGGUUAGAAGAAGUUUCUUUCUGGUGCAGAUCCGGUAUAUUAGGUUCUUUUUGAUGGGUUUUCUCAGCAAUGUCUGUAAAUGUAUUCAACUUUGCAUUGUUUGCAACCUUAUGUUAUGUUUUCCAUUUGUUGGGUUAGUCAUUAGGUUUACACAGAAAGUACCUUGGUAGCCAAAUCUACCAAAUCGAGAGUUGUGCUGUAGCUGUGUUUCAACUGGCGUUGCUGCUAUCCAAUAUUUCCACAAUGGCGUAUACUACCCAUUAAAUCAUCGAUUAAUCGGCUAAAAAAUUAUUUUGCAUUAUUAAACGCAAUAACGUGCAUGUGAGGUGUAGGUAUUAACUGUCCACUUGGAAUCGCUAUCAUCACGUUCUACUGUUGUAUCUGUGACUUUCAGUGUGUAUAGUGUAUGGUGAGUGACAUGGGUGUCAGCGCAUUAUCCCUGCGAAGUUUUGCUUUGACCCUUUUUGUAAUCAAAUUAUUUUAGCUUUUCGAUUAAUAGUUCCCCGGAGCCCUGGUUGGAAUCCACCUUGUAACGCGCACUAUCGCCACCUCGAGGACUGGAGAAGUACAGUAUCACUUAGCAUGUCAUUAGCACAGGUCUGUGCUCUGUCAUUCCAGUUAUUGUUUGUUUUUCUCUUGGCGUUUAUAAUUUGUGUCCCCUGUCCCCGAGCCCACGGACCAUCUGCAGCGCCCACGGGUUCAACUCUUUAGGGGCACGGCUUGGAACGGAUCUCCGGAGACUCGGCGGGCGAAACUCACCUGGCACACGCGGACAUGGACAGGCAGGCGGGCAGCUGCUGGCCUGAUAGGGAGGCUGACAGAGAUGAUCCACGGAUGGCCAAGAAGAGCUUCCUCGCCGGGGCAUGGCAGGCGCGCCGGCCAGCUGUGAGUGCGCGCAGAGCGCCGUGUUAAGCUCCGGCUGACCGGGGGAUGCUGCUCCUGCUUGGAGGUCCGUGGAAGACUUGUGUUUUUUGUGUGCGUGCGUGCGUGCGUGUGUGUGUGUGUGUUUGAGUGGAUGUGUGUGGAUUUUAAGUGGACUCGCCUCCUGUAAGGAUUUAAUAGAAGAUUCUCUCUUUUUUUGUGUCUUGUGGGAGAUAGGAAGAAGGAGAUUGCUUUUCUUUUUUCUUUUUUUUUUGGACGUGCCUCCCUUGCAGCCGCAGUGCGGCUGCGAAUUGACAUCUGCAGAGAGUACAGGUGCAGAAUGCCCUCCAUCUCGAAAGAGGCUUGAUUCUGAUUGACCAUCAAUAGUGGACUGUAUCUCCUCCCCACUCCUUGCAGCCCCCCUCGGCUUCCGCACAGCCAUGACGUCCCAUGCCAGGACACGGACCCGCUUUUUUCUAUGCUGCUUCCUUUCCACAUUGGGGCCGCUCGCAACGUCAAACAUGGGCGUACGAGCGCCACAGUCUGAUGGCUCCGGUUCCCAAGUGAUCACGGCGUCUCUCGAGGAGGAAGAGUAUGCAUCGUUCCGCACAGAAAACCCCGAAUGGACAUUCAACCAUUUGGCGGUGGACUAUCGCAAUGGCAAUGUUUACUUGGGAGCUGUCAAUCGAAUCUAUAAACUGUCGCCGCGCUUGGAGUUGCAGGUGUCUCACGAGACCGGCCCAGACGAGGACAACCGCAAGUGCUACCCACCGCGGAUCGUGCAGCCUUGCAGCGAGCCGCUCACGCUCACCAACAACGUCAACAAGAUGCUGCUGAUGGACUACCGGGAAAAUCGGCUGCUGGCGUGCGGCAGCCUCUACCAGGGCAUCUGCAAACUGCUGCGCCUGGAUGACCUCUUCAAGCUCGGAGAGCCUUUCCACAAAAAGGAACACUACCUCUCUGGUGUCAACGAAAGCGGUUCUGUGUUUGGCGUGAUCGUUUCCUAUGGCAAUGCCUCCCCGGACAUGCUGUUUGUAGCCACAGCGGUGGACGGCAAGCCGGAGUACUUCCCCACCAUCUCCAGUCGCAAGUUGGCCAGGAACUCUGAGGAGGAUGGGAUGUUUGCCUACGUCUUCCACGAUGAAUUUGUGGCCUCAAUGAUUAAGAUACCUUCAGACACCUUCACUGUCAUACCAGACUUUGACAUUUAUUACAUUUACGGCUUCGCCAGUGGAAGCUUUGUCUACUUCCUUACGUUGCAGCCUGAAAUGGGGGGCGGCCCGACCACAGGGUCCUCUUCCGCAGGGCGAGAACAAGUUUACACCUCGAAGAUAGUUCGCCUGUGUAAAGCAGACACCGCCUUCAACUCGUAUGUGGAGGUGCCUAUCGGAUGCGUCAGUGGCAAUGUGGAGUACCGACUGCUGGAGGCGGCCUACCUGUCUAAAGCGGGCGCCAACUUGGCACGCUCACUGGACGUUGCGCCGGAUGACGACGUCCUGUUUGCCGUCUUUUCCAAGGGCCAGAAGAGACGGCCUCAGCAGGAGUCCCAGGACUCUGCCCUGUGUGUCUUCUCCCUGCGCAAAAUCAACGAGAGGAUCAAGGACAGGCUGCAGUCGUGCUACAAGGGCGAGGGCACGCUCGACCUGGCCUGGCUCAAGGUCAAAGAUAUACCCUGCAGCAGUGCGCUCCUGACCAUCGACGACGACUUCUGCGGCCUGGACAUGAACGCGCCGCUUGGCGUGUCGGAGAUGGUGCACGGCAGGGCUCUCUUCUCCGACGCCAACGACAAGAUGACCUCGGUCGUGGCCUAUGUCUACAAGAACCACUCGCUGGUCUUUGUGGGGACCAAGAGCGGGCGCGUGAAGAAGAUCCGAGUGGACAGCUCGUCGCGGGCCCUUCAGUACGAGACAGUGCAGACGGUGGAAAGCGGACCGGUCCUUCGCGACAUGGCCUUCUCCUCUGAUCACCACUACCUCUACGUCAUGUCCGAGAACCAGCUUUCCAGGAUGCCAGUGGAGGCCUGCGGUCAGUACUCCACCUGUAGCGAAUGUCUCGGAUCGGGAGACCCUCACUGCGGCUGGUGUGUCCUGCACAACACGUGCACCAGAAAGGAGAAAUGCGAGCGCUCGUCGGAGCCUCGCCGCUUUGCGUCCGACAUCAAGCAGUGCGUGCGCCUCAGCGUGCAUCCCAGCAACAUCUCCGUCUCGCAGUUCAGCGUGACGUUGGUCCUGGAAGCCCACAACGUGCCGGAGCUUUCCGGGGGGGUGAACUGCACCUUCGAGGACCUGGCAGAGAUGAACGGCCUGGUGGAGGGCAAUCGCAUCGUGUGCUUCUCCCCGGCCGAGAAGGAGAUGCCGCGCGUCGUCGUUGACAAAAGCGACCACCAGAUCGUGCAGCUCUAUCUCAAGUCCAAGGAGACCGGCUUGGCUUUCGCAAACACCAGUUUUGUUUUCUACAACUGCAGCGUGCACAAGUCGUGCUUGUCAUGCGUGAGCAGCCCAUACCAGUGCCACUGGUGCAAAUACAGACACGACUGCACGCACGACCCUCGCACGUGCUCCUUCCAGGAGGGCCGAGUCAAGAAGCCAGAGGAGUGUCCCCAGCUGCUGCCAGCCGAGCGCAUCCUGGUGCCAGUGAACGUGGUGAAGCCCAUUACGCUGCGGGCCAAGAAACUGCCCCAGCCUCAGUCGGGCCAGCGGGGCUACGAGUGCCUGCUGACCAUCCAGGGCAACGAGCACCGCGUCCCCGCCCUGCGCUUCAACAGCUCCUCGGUGCAGUGCCAGAACACGUCGUACUUCUACGACGGGAUGGAGAUGAGCAGCCUUCCGGUGGAACUGACCGUCAUCUGGAAUGGCGACUUUAGCAUCGAUAACCCCGCCCACAACAAAGUCCAUCUGUACAAGUGCGACGCCCAGCGCGGGAGCUGCGGCCUGUGCCUGAAGGCGGACCCUCUGUUUGGCUGCGUGUGGUGCAAAGGGGAGAACCGCUGCACGCUCAAGCAGCACUGCCCGCACCCUGAGAACCAGUGGCUGGAGCACAACGGCAUCAACAGCAAGUGCAUGCACCCGCGCAUCACGCAGAUUACUCCUCUGCGGGGUCCCAGGGAAGGCGGCACCCUCGUCACCAUUCGCGGCGACAACCUGGGCCUGGAGUUCCACGAGAUCCAGGGCAACGUGAAGGUGGCGGAGGUGGAGUGCACGCCCAUCCGAGAGGGCUACAUCCCGGCAGAGCAGAUCGUGUGCGAGAUGGGCCGCGCCGAGAAGAGUCAGUACACGGGGAACGUUAAGGUGUGCGUCGGCGUCGGCGAGUGCUGGCCGGAAUUCACGGCCAAGUCGUCCAAAUACUACUACUUUGUGAUUCCGAGGAUCCACAGCAUCAAGCCAAGCAGAGGGCCCGUCUCCGGGGGAACAGUGGUCAGCAUCACAGGGAGCCACCUGGACGCCGGCAGCAACGUGUCCAUCAUGUUUAAGGACCAGCCGUGCACCUUUCUCAAGCGCGACGGCCUGUGGCUGACGUGCCGCACACACGCGUCGUUGAACGGCUACGGCAACGUGUUGGUGUCGGUGAGCAUCGACAAGGCCCAGCUCCAGAAGGACCUGCGCUUUGAGUACGUGGAGGACCCCACUAUCACCAAGAUAGAACCCGAAUGGAGCAUUUACAGCGGACACACUCGGGUGACAGUGACAGGAACCAACCUGGACAUUAUCCAGACGCCGCUCAUCAGAGCCAAAUACAACAAUCAUGAAACACUCAACUUGUGCCAGGUCUUGAGCCCGACAUCCAUGCAGUGUCAGGCCCCGGAGCUUCCCAUCAGUCUGGCCCAGCAGCAGGAGGCGCCAGAGAGGCCCGACGAGUUUGGCUUCAAGCUGGAUGACGUGCAGGCCGUCAUGGCGCUCAACAACACCAACUUCAUCUACUAUCCCAAUCCCGAGUUCGAGCCUCUCAGCACGUCCGGCGUGCUGGAGCUUAAACCCGGAUCGCCCAUCAUACUGAAGGGCCGGAACUUCCUCCCACCCACCAGCAGCGGAAACGGAAAGAUGAACUACACCGUUCUCAUCGGCGAGAAGCCCUGCAUGCUGACCGUGUCCGACAGCCAGCUGCUCUGUGAGUCGCCCAACCUGACGGGCCGCCACAAGGUUCUGGCUCGCGUGGGUGGAAUUGAGUUCUCGCCCGGCGUGGUCCACAUCACGUCGGACAGCCCGCUCAGCAGCACGGCCAUCAUCGGCAUUGCGGCGGCCGGCGCCCUGCUGCUCCUCGCCAUCGUCAUGGUGCUCAUUGCCUACAAGCGCAAGUCGCGCGAGAGUGACCUGACGCUCAAGCGGCUGCAGAUGCAGAUGGACAACCUGGAGUCGCGGGUGGCACUGGAGUGCAAGGAGGCUUUUGCAGAGCUACAGACGGACAUCCACGAGUUGACAAGUGACUUGGAUGGCGCGGGGAUCCCCUUCUUGGACUACAGAACGUACACCAUGCGGGUCCUGUUCCCGGGAAUCGAGGAGCAUCCUGUACUCAGAGACCUGGAGGUGCCAGGCUACCGACAGGAGCAGGUGGAGAAGGGCCUGAAGCUGUUCAGCCAGCUGAUCAACAACAAGGUCUACCUGCUGUGCUUCAUCCGCACGCUAGAGGCGCAGCGCGGCUUCUCCAUGCGCGACCGCGGCAACGUGGCCUCGCUCAUCAUGACAGUGCUGCAGAGCAAGCUGGAGUACGCCACCGACGUGCUCAAGCACCUUCUGUCCGACCUCAUCGAGCGCAACCUGGAGAGCAAGAACCACCCCAAGCUCUUGCUCCGCAGGACCGAGUCUGUGGCGGAGAAAAUGCUGACCAACUGGUUCACCUUUCUCCUGUACAAGUUUCUCAAGGAGUGCGCGGGCGAGCCGCUCUUCUCGCUCUUCUGCGCCAUCAAGCAGCAGAUGGAGAAGGGCCCUAUCGACUCCAUCACAGGAGAGGCGCGCUACUCUCUCAGCGAGGACAAGCUCAUCAGGCAGCAGAUCGACUACAAGACGCUGGUGGUGAACUGCAUUCAUCCGGAGAAUGAGAAAAGCCCGGAGAUCCAGGUGAAGGCGCUCAACUGCGACACCAUCAGCCAGGUGAAGGAGAAGAUCCUGGACGCCAUCUACAAGAACGUGCCGCACUCGCACCGGCUCAAAGCUUCCGACAUGGACCUAGAGUGGCGUCAAGGCCGGGGCCAGCGUGUGAUCCUGCAGGACGAGGACGUCACCACCAAGAUCGAAGGCGACUGGAAAAGACUCAACAUGCUGGCCCACUAUCAGGUGCCCGACAACGCCGUGAUGGCCUUGGUUCCCAAGCAAGUAACAGCCUACAACUCGGUGAACAACUCCACCGUGUCCCGAACGUCUGCCAGCAAAUAUGAGAACAUGAUCAAGUACACGGGAAGCCCCGACAGCCUGCGCUCACGGACGCCCAUGAUCACGCCCGACCUGGAGAGCGGCAUCAAGGUGUGGCACCUGGUCAAGAACCACGAGCACGGCGACCAGAAGGAGGGCGACCGCGGCAGCAAGAUGGUCUCCGAGAUAUACCUGACCAGACUUCUGGCUACCAAGGGCACGCUGCAGAAGUUUGUGGACGACCUCUUCGAGACCAUCUUCAGCACGGCGCACCGAGGAAGCGCCCUGCCGCUCGCCAUCAAGUACAUGUUUGACUUCCUGGACGAGCAGGCCGACAAGCACAACAUCCACGACCCGCACGUGCGGCACACAUGGAAGAGCAACUGCCUACCUCUGCGUUUCUGGGUGAACGUGAUCAAGAACCCUCAGUUCGUGUUCGACAUCCACAAGAGCAGCAUCACCGACGCCUGCCUGUCUGUGGUGGCCCAGACUUUCAUGGACUCCUGCUCCACCUCGGAGCACCGCCUUGGGAAGGACUCGCCCUCCAACAAGCUGCUGUAUGCCAAGGACAUCCCCAGCUACAAGAGCUGGGUGGAGAGGUACUACUCAGACAUCAGCAAGAUGCCAGCCAUCAGCGACCAGGACAUGAACGCCUACUUGGCCGAACAAUCGCGCAUGCACAUGAACGAGUUCAACAGCAUGAGCUCGCUGAGUGAGAUCUACUCCUACGUGGGCAAAUACACUGAGGAGAUUGUCUGUGCACUGGAGCAGGACGACGCGGCCAGGAAGCAGAGGCUGGCCUUCAAGCUGGAGCAGGUGGUGGCCUUCAUGACGCUGGAGAGCUGAGGACCGCAUUUCCCAGGGUGCACUGGGAAGAAGACGCAUCCCCUGCCCCCCUCUUCCUUCCUUCGCCUGCCCGCCCGCCACCGUCCACACUCUUGUCCGAAACCGAGCCGUGCCUGAGCGAAAACCUGUUCCUCUUUUGGUUUUUCUUUCAUUCCUGCUUCCUUCGAUUGAAUUGUUUUUGUCCCUCAUCCACUGCUGCAUACAGACACAGAAAAAAAAUACAUUUUUAGGUUGCCUUCGAGAAUUUACCGACAGGUCAAAUUCUUUCAAACUGCGAGGAGAAUGACAAAUGGACGGCGGUUCGAGAUAUCUUCUCCAGUGAAAAGACUGCGCCUGACUUGGAUCAAUGCAAAUGUUUUGUUUGGUUUUCUCUCCCUUGUAGCUGGAUUUGCAGAUAAGAUUUUAGAGGUUAAGGGCUGAGGAGGGCGCUGACGUUGCUGCAGAGCCCCCUGUACUCCCACAACCCCGACAUUAGCACACUUUUACUUGCAUUAGCUUCCAUCCGGCGAAAAACUUUCUCCUCCGCGAAGCCCCGCGUGACCCGAGCGGGCUCCUCUGUAAGAAGCACACAAAGAUGACAACUUGUGUAUGUGGUGUGAGAGCACACACGCACACACACACACACACACACACACACACACACUCAACAGUGUCCUGGGACGUGUAGACAUACAAAGUUGGUCAGCCUAAAAACCAAAGGAGCUUGACAUUUUCAACACAAAAAGAUGUAUUUGUCAAGUGCCACAGAGGAACACGGACAACAACAACAACAAAAAAUACAAAUAAAAAGAAAAAAUACUAAAUGGACUUUUAAAAAAAAAAAACAACAAAAAAAAACUUGUGACUGGAACCUGUGUGCUACUUUUCUGACCUCAGUUUGUGGAGAUGCUCCGUGGCUCCUUGCUUUUCCACACCUUUCUUUCCUGUUUUGCACAAGCCUUCAAGGUGGACGCCGGCUGGAGUGUAGCUGCUGAGGCGCUGGCGUUGUCUUCGCGCCUCUGGGGAAAAAAAACAAAUAAGUAAAUAAAUACAGAACGAUGGAGCGAGCCAAUGAACUGAAGACUUGUUGGAUCUGAGAGAGUGAAAGAGAGCACUUGUAUCCUGUGAAGCUCUGCCCUUUCUUUUUGCCUUGACAACGUGCCCCAUGUGGUGAUGUGAAUGUGCAAAGGCCGCCCUCGGUCCACCUUUAUUGGCUUUUUAAGCGCAUGUAAAACCAUUUAAGAAAAACUUAUUUAAGGGGAAAAAAAAAAAAAGAAAAAUAAGAACUCUAAGCCUUGCGAUGAUGAUGUGGAUGUGUUUGUUUAACUUUGUUUUGCUUGAAAGACUGGAGAGAGAGGGCAAAAGCAGAUAGCGUUAUCGAAGUUAAAGGUGGAACCUUUAUCCGGUUGACGCUGCAGAACUUGAUGACGAUUCGUAUGCAGUGGUGCCUUGAGACGUGAGUUGAAUUAGUUCCGUGACCACAAAAGAACAAGAAAAAUGUUUCUAACUUACUUUAUAGAAAUAUACAGCAAUGACAGAAUCAAGUCGAAUGUGAAGAAGACUUUUUGCUUCAAUUCAAUGGACAUCGUGCUGCUCAUUCUGGUGUGCGCACCUCGGCCACCUGGGGGCAGUAUGAUAAAGACACUGCUAUACAUAGAGAUUCCUCAGAAAGUGACUAAUAUUAGUCGUUCUAUGCAGAGGAUAAAGCAUAUAUGCCUGUGGGUAUGGUUAUAUCGCUUCACCGUUUUUGUUCAAAUACUAAUAUAACAGAGCGAUGAAUCGAUGCUAUUAAUUAGCCCGUUAUGUGUUAGCAUUAAGCUAACAGAUUCAAGCUAUGCGUUUUUUUUGUUUUCGUUUUUUUUUGGUCGCAAGCCAAAGCCGGCCGAACCACCGUUUGUAUCUCAAAAAACUCGGAAGUUAGGUCACUUGUAUCUCAAGGCACCUCCGCCCACUGUACCCUCGCAUUUUGACCCAUUCAGAUGAAAACGGAGCUGCCGAUGAACUGGUUUGGACUAGUCUCGUUGCAUAUGUUACGCCGUCCAUCCAUCACGUUCUGCAGCCCGAAGCCGCUCACAGGGUGUGCGUCCGCCGGUCACGCUGGCUGUUAAACAUAUCAAAAGACAUGGAGAUGGAGCAGGUCGGAGUAAGUGGGUAGACUUCUAAAUUAGCCGUGUCCUUCAUGUAGCGAAGCUGAAUAAACACUGUGUGUCGAAGCCCUACCAGCCAUGUGUACAUACGCGCCACUGAGUGACAGCAAAGAUAAAGUUUCCACCUUGUAACAUUUUGUAGGAACUCAAGUACGGAUGUCCUCCUAGCUCAGUAUUAUAGCAGGUGUUACACGCGAAAAACAGACUUUUACAAGACCGUAUUUGAAAGAUAAAGAGUAUCUUAUCAAGAGAUCAAAAUAGCCCGGGGGGAUAGAAGGUGAGCUUCUCUAACUUUGUUAUAAUUAAUUGUAUACCUGUGUAUGUAAAUAUAAUGCAUUCCUAUUUUGCAGUCCAGAACAAAAUACUAUUUGUAAUAUAGAAUAAACUUUAUUAAGAAACCAA